GAACUUCCAUUUCUUUGGAUAAAUUGCUGUCCGUUGAAACAUGCAGAACUUAUGAUACAGUACAAUUAUCCAGAAAACAUACCAUCCAAAUAAAACCGUCUAGCACCUUAUGGAUACAUCGACAACAUCAAAACGCGAGAAGUGUUCAGGAUAUGAACAUCUGGUUUGUGCAUGAAAAUGCAUAAAGGGGAUAGACAAUAAUUCGACCUGGCAUUCUACAAUUAAAUCCAUGAUCUUACAGAAGCCGAUUGUACCGUUGUUGAGCAGAUUUGAGAUAAAUUAAUGGAAUAGGGAAUAAAAUUUACAAACAUUGUGUAACUGAUAAAAAGUUUCAAGAUGAAUGAGUGUGAUUUUUGUGAUCAAACGUUUAGAUACCCUUAUCAGCUUAAAGAUCACCUCAGGUCACAUACGGGACAGAAGGAUCACAAGUGUCAUUUCUGUGGUAAGAGAUUUGGUGUGAAAAGCAUACUAACUGCACAUAUCAGGACCCAUACGGGAGAGAAGCCAUUCAAAUGUGAUGUUUGUAACAAGAAAUUCGCUCAUUUAUCAGCCCAUAACACACAUCGUCGGACACAUACUGGAGAGAGGCCAUACAAAUGUGACGAAUGUGGGAAAAGAUUCGGUCAGUCCCGACACCUACAAGCACACAUCAGGACACAUACAGGAGAAAAGCCUUUCAGCUGUCAUAUCUGUGGGAAAAGGUUUACCCAAAAAGCAAACCUUCCGAAACACGUGAGGACGCAUACAGGAGAAAGACCACACAAAUGUGAAUUCUGCAAUAAAGGUUUUAUUACCCCCAGCGAUCUAAAACGUCAUCGGCGACAACAUACAGGCGAUACACCAUUCAAGUGCACUAUCUGUACUAAGGAGUUUAAAGCCAUAUUAAGCUUAAAGCUACAUCUUAUGACACAUACAGGAGAAAGACCAUACGCGUGUGAUAUAUGUGGAAGGGGCUGUGUUACUUUAACUCAGCUCAAAAUACACAAGCGAAUACAUACAGAUGAGAGGCCAUACAGCUGCAAUGUAUGCGAUAAAACGUUCAGGCAACUGGGAACUUUACAAGACCAUGCUAAGAUACACACAGGGGAAAAGCUACACAAGUGUCAUGUUUGUGACCAACACUUCAGACGGAAAUGUCACCUGAAGGUACAUCUCCGGACUCACACAGGGGAAAAGCCUUACGAGUGUAAUGUUUGUGGUAAGUGUUUUAGACAGAGUGGUAUGCUGCAAAGUCACAUCAGAAUACAUACUGGAGAAAAACCGUACAAGUGCGAAGUCUGCUGUAAGGUGUAUAGACAGAAAUCCAGUCUACGAGUUCAUAGUAGGAUCCAUUCUGGAGAAAGCUUGUACACGUGUAAUUUGUGUGACAAAAUCUUCAAUAAUUCUUCACAACUGAAGAGCCACAUGGACACACACAGGGAAGAAAACCGUAACAAUUGUGAUUUGUGUGGCAUGGAAUUCAGUAAGAAAGUAAACCUGAUAAAACAUCUCAAAACACAUACAGGAGACGGACCGUAUACCUGUGAUGUCUGUGGCAGGACUUUCAACCUGUUUGAUGGUUUAAAACUGCACCUACAAAAACAUACUGGGGAGGAAGGAACUAUUGUGACACAUGGGAAGGAGAAGUCUUACAACUGUAGUGUGUGUUCUAUGGAAUUUAGGUUGAAAUUGGGUCUUAAGAAACACAGCAAAAUACAUAGACAGGAAAAAUCGUACAAGUGUGAAAUUUGUUCGGAGGAAUAUAAAGCUAAAUUAAGUCUUCAAAAACACAUGAAAGUCCAUAAGGACAAGUCGUAUGUGUGUGAUGUCUGUGGCCAGGAAACUAAAACUGCACUAAGCCUUCAGAAACACAUGAGGACACAUACGGGAGAAAAGCCAUACAGGUGUGAUGUUUGUGAGAAGGGAUUCGAUCUUAAUUCUGUUCUACAGAAACACAUGAGGGCACAUACCGGAGAAAAGCCAUACAAGUGUGACAUUUGUGACAAAGGGUUUGGUAGUAAAGGUAACCUAAAUGCUCACGUGAGAAUGCAUACCGGAGAAAGGCCAUACAGGUGUGAUGUUUGUGAGAAGGGAUUUUGUAAAAAGGAAACAUUAGACAGGCACUUGAGGGCAAAUACUGAAGAACAACCAUAUAAGUGUGAUAUUUGUGACAAAGAAUUUGCUGGUAAAUGUGUCCUACAAACGCACAAGAAGUCACAUACGGGAGAGAAACCAUACAAGUGUGAUGUUUGUGACAAAGGAUUUGCUAAUAAACAUGCCUUACAAACGCACAUCAGAACACAUACGGGAGAGAAACCAUACAAAUGUGAUGUUUGUGACCAGGGAUUCAGUCAAAAAUCAAACCUCAAUACGCAUUUGAGAACACAUACGGGAGAGAAACCAUACAAGUGUGAUGUUUGUGACCAGGGAUUCCGUCAAAAAGAAUACCUUCAUCUGCAUUUGAGAAUACAUACGGGAGUGAAACCAUACAAGUGUGAUGUUUGCAGCAAGAUAUUUAGGUUUAAAUGUAGCCUAAAGACUCACCUCAGAAUCCAUACAGGCGAAAGUCCUUACCCGUGUGAUGUUUGCGGGCAAAGAUUUAAACAGACGGGUCAUUUGCAGACGCAUCAAAUCAUACAUACAGAAGAGAGGCCAUUUAAGUGUGAUACCUGUCGUAAGGACUUUAAAUCCAAAGAACAUUUACAGAAACACCUCAAAACACAUACAGAUGAGAGACCGCACAAGUGUGAUGUCUGUGGGCAAAUGUUUAAACGGACAUCUCACUUACAUGCCCACACCAGAAUUCACACAGGAGAAAAGCCGUUCAAGUGUGAGGUGUGUGAUAAAGAGUUCAGUCAGAAACCUAAUUUACAGUUACACAUUAGGACACAUACAAAGGAAAGGCCAUACAAGUGCAAGGAGUGUGGGAAAACGUUUUCACAGCCUUCUCAUCUAAGCACACACACCAAGAUUCAUACAGGAGAGAAGAGACACAAAUGCGACAUCUGCGAUAAAAGGUUUAUCGAUGCUGCCACGCUGCGGGUACAUACAAGAACACACACAGGAGAGAAACCCUACAAAUGUGAAGUGUGUGGUAAAACGUUUGGUCGACUUGAUGGCCUGAAGUAUCACAUCAGAAUACAUACCGGGGAAAAAUCAUAUGAGUGUGAUGUAUGUAGUAAUAAAUUUCGUUCCAAGUCUGGCUUACUUUCUCACCUCUGGACGCAUUCAGAUGAAAAGCGCCUCAAGUGUGAUGUCUGUGGCAAGGGGUUUUCUCAAAAUCAGUAUUUAAAGAAACACUUGAAGGAGCAUGAAAAGAAAACACAUACGUGUGAUCUUUGUGGUCAAGUGUUCAAAAAAAAAUCUGACAUGGACACGCACAGGAAAACACAUCUAUAUAAAGGAAAGACAUUGUGUAAAUGUGAUGUCUGUGGUGAAAAGUUUCCCAAGUCUGCUCUCCGUGUACAUAGGAGAAUACAUACUGGGGAGCGGCCAUUCGAGUGUGAUAUAUGCAAUAAAGAGUUUAAACGCAAGCAUCACCUACAAUCUCAUGCUCAAAUACAUAGAAGAUAAACCGUGCAUGUGCAAUGUCUGUCAACUUGCCUAACUCGAGCAAACGGGUGUAUAUUGAAUCUUCCUUUAUUUAAGUUUGCAAAAUAAUGUUUGCGGUAAAUGUUUUGAUAGAAAAUGCGAUGUUACGUGUCACAUCGAACUAUAUCAAGUUAAGUUGGCUGGAAAUAAACUGCAGUACAUGGUCGGGACAGGUCGAAUAACACGAAAUGGCAAAUGAAAUGUGACUUACUGGAUACAUGUCGAGUUUUGAGUUUUAUUGGAUGGCCAACACUGUUUAAUGUUUAAAGUCAUUCAUUUUUGUCCCUUUUGAUUGAACAUCUUCUUAAUACGAUGUUUUCGAAUACAUAUUUGAGAUUUUCGCGUGGCAUUUUCUCUUCUGAACUUACGAUGCUUUGAUAAUCAGGUGUGUAGUUAUGUUUCCCACAAAGGCAUUUUGAUUCGGCAGGUUUUGCGAAAACUAUGACCUUUUGCUAGAUCACAUCUCGAAGGGAGUGGAGCUUAUAUUGUCACCCUGGAGACGGCGUCAGAUUUGAUAUAUUAAUGUUAAGGUUUUGGUGGAAGUGUUGAAAGGCAUCAGAAAAUUCAUUUAUAAGUUCACUAGGGUUCUAGUUCUGGGGAAAGGGUCUGUUUAUUUGAAAACAUGUUUCAUCUCUAUUGUAUGAUAAAAAUAAUUUCAAUGCUCACUAUUAAGCAAAACCGAUGUCUAUGUCACCUUUAAUUUUUGUAGAAAUAUCGGUUUAUUACUUUAUAGAUUCCAAUUAGUGAACCCACCCAGUACUAAUGCUACAGUGUGAUGUACAGUGGUAUAUAUUCGGUAUUUGAUUUUCGAGAAACUUAUGUCCCUUUGUUUAUUUCGGUAUUUUAUUUUUGAGAAGGUCAUGCACUUUGUUUAUUUCGGUAUUAUAUUUUUGAGAAGGUCAUGCACUUUGUUUAUUUCUGUAUUUUAUUUUUGAGAAGGUCAUGCAUGCACUUUGUUUAUUUUGGUAUUUUAUUUUUGAGAAGGUCAUGCCCUUUGUUUAUUUCGGUAUUUUAUUUUUGAGAAGGUCAUGCACUUUGUUUAUUUCUGUAUAUGAGUUUUGAAAUAGUUACUGCCACUUGGUGAUUGUCUUAAGAUCCUCGCCACACUCACUCAAUUUUUAACCAUUACUUUUUAACUGUGUAUGCUUUACAACGAUAUGCAAUUGUAUAUUGACAUUUGUAUAAAACAGUUAAUGUUUGAUUUUCAAAUUUUUACUGGAUUGGAUAAAAUUAUACGUUUCUCUCUGGAAGGCACGGACCUCUAUCAUUCCAUUCUGUGGUAUUUUUGUUAAAUAUACAGCCAAACUGUACUGGUUUUAGUUUAUCUCAUCGCGACUGUAUUAUAUUUAGUUUACAUACAGUCAAACAUGUAUUAUAUUUAUAUAUAACUGUAUAUAUAAAUACAUUUGUAUUUACAUUGUCAAACUUGUAUUAUAUCUAGUUUUUGUAUACAGUCAAAACUGUCAAAACUGUAUUACAUUUAGUUUAUUUACAGCCAAACCUGCAUGAUAUCUAGUUUAUAUAUAGUCAAACCUGUACUAAAUUUAGUGUUUACAUGUUUAUAAACAAUCAAAGCUGUAUUAAAUUUAGUUGAUAUGUAAAGUAAAACCUGUAUUACAUUUUGUUUAUAUACACAGCCAAACCUGUUUUAUAUUUAGUUGAUAUGUGCAAUCAAACCUAUAUUACAUUUAG